GCGAGUGCAAAGAUCAAGCUGGACUUCUUCACUCGUUGGCACGCGCAGGUGCAAGAGUUGGCCUUGGAGGUGGCCACAUUUGAUUGCAACUAUCACGUCGAAGACGCCCUGCAGGCAUGCGAGAAACACUUCUCGCACUCCAUCUCCACGGGCGUCGAUGCGGGCUUGUGGCACGACGGCCUCAAUGACGCCACGACCCUCGACCAGUACUUGGAGAAGGACGAGGGCCGCCACGCUGUGGUGGAAGACAUCGCUACCAAGCUUGGCCGUGCCAAGGUGACCCAGGCUGAGUGUCUCAUGCUCGCGUGCUGCAGGGACUUCGCCGACGCCCCGCUGAAGCUCAAGAGGAACAUCAAGAUCCACCUCAGCAACCUCAGCUCCAAGGAGAGCAGUCUCAUCCCGAAGAGUUUGAUGCGCAUAUUUGAGGAGAAGGCUGAUGUCUG